AAGUGUAUAAAAAAAAAUGACAAUUCAGUGCGAGCAGUGAAAAAAUUCUAAUAAAUUCUGUACUUAGCUUUUUCUCAUAGUUAUUUAAUUCAUUAUCACUUAAAAACUAUCGCAAAUCACUCGCGACCUAAUUGUUUAUAAGAAAAUGAAUAAAUUUCUUGUCCUAACUUUGUUUUUCAUUAAAAACAUUCGAGACACCCUCGCAGCUAGUUCGAGUUUAACUGCAGGAGGCCACUGUAAAGAUUACAAUGGUAAACUAUACGAAAGUGGCAUGCACUAUAUGCCCGGACCAGAUUCGUGUCGUUUGUGCAUGUGUGAUAGCGGUCUGCCAAAGGCUUGCAAAAUGGUCCUUUGCGAGGCAUUCACUAAAUGCAAAUCAUUUCAAACGGUCGGGAAUGGGAAUAAUUGUUGCGAAGUAAUUUGUUUGGAUGAUCAAUUCACUGAUGGGAGCACAGAUUUUGGGAUAUGACUUGUGGCCAGUGGCAUUACUGCCACAUUGUCAUUGUCGUUGCUAUUCUUUUUGGUAAAUAGAUUGCGACAGAGAAAGAUUAGGGCGAGAGAAAGUCGUCAGAAUGCUGAAGAUCAAAGGAGCAUUGUGGGGAGUAUCGGAUAUAUCGCUGGCAAUAUGGGCUACAUGGAAGGCAAUCUCAGUGGGAUGGACUACUCUUAUGGCGGGGCAUCACAACAUUACCCUCUAUGGAAACCACCUAGUGGUUAUUUUCCACGAGGAGAAGCUCCUCCACCCUACGAAGAGGCUGUAGCAAUAUCACAAGCAGAAGCUCUAAGUGCUCAAUGUACAGUCAGCGUUGCGACUACCACUCAUCGAUCAUUGCCGGUGGGAAUUAAUCCAGCCGAUAUAUCAAGUGAUGUUGUUCGUCGCGGACAAUUAGCUCAACCGCAACAACAACAUCCAUCUCAAACAGCUUCAGCCCAAAUACAGCCGCAGCAAGCGCAACAUCAUCAGCAAAGUAUAACUCAGAGUACAACCAAUUUGAUUAAUAUUAAUAUCAAUAGCGGUGGCAAUCUUACAACCAUUGCAACUGGGGAAUCACACCAACCACCGUAUAGCUGCAUUACAUCAGUUAACCAACCGUGUUCAACCCAAACACCAUCGAAUUGUUCACCAGCUUUGAAUAGUAUCGGUGAUGGUACGACUGCAGCUGCGAAUAACAAUCGUCUACAUAUGCCCAAUAAUUCGAUUUGUGUCCAAACAACAGCUCCGCCUCUCCCCAGCAGUGCGGCGAUUCAUAGUGCACAGCAUCAACAACACUAUCAGCAGGCUCAACAGCAUAUUCAAUUUCAACAACGUACUCAGCAGCAACAGCUACAUCUGCAACAACAACAGCAGCAACAGCAGCAGCAACUACAGCAACAACAACAGCAGCAGCAACAACAGCAACAACAACAGCAACAACAACAGCAGCAACAACAACAACAACAACAACAGCAAUCGCAAACCUUACAACAAUCUAAUUGCAUUCAAAUAACUGAAUGUACCUACAAGAACUGCCAUCUAAAUAGUUCACACCGCCGCAUUCAAAAGCAACAUCCUACCCAAGAAAUGAUUCAUUAUGUCAGCAAUGCCAGCACUGGCGUCACCUUCCAAGCUAUCACUAGCGAAUCAUUAGAGUCAGCAACAAAUAAACCAGAUCAAAUGACAUCGCCUCAGUACACCACAGCAGAGUGCGCUGGCCGUGUUCAAGAGAUUAGUACCAUAACUAGCAGUGAAACAGUUGCAGCACAAGCUUCAACCCUGAAAAAUACAAACAAAACACCAUCAUCGUCACGGCGAUACCACCGAACAAUACCCCGAUACUUUGCGGUGGUUGAUCCACUUGGACAAUCAACUCAACAAAAAUUGAUAUCUUCCUCGGGAUCAAAGCAAUCAUCCUCUUCAGUCACAAGUGGAGGUAGUAAUAGCAGCAGCAGCAACAAUACCAACAAUAGUGGCAGUAAAAAACCAACUUGUCAAUGCCCAGUACAGCACGUUCCCAUGUCUUAUAUGGGAACUAAUCAAAUAAAUAACUCGCAGACCAACAAUGUGUUUCUUUCAGCCCUGAGUACAAAACUGGUCACAAGUCGUUCCAGUUUUGGAACGAAAUGUAUGCCACCAGGCACACCUACAGCAUCGACAAAACCUAAUCAGAGUUCGUCGAACGAAAUUCCCUCAAAUGGAGGAGGAGGAAGCAAUGCUGGAACAAUGAAAAAAGGCAGUAAUGCAAUGAAUCAUCAAUCAAAUCUAUAUUGUCAGCAUGAAGCAAAAAUAGCUACCAUUUCGAAGCAGGUAGGUGAUUUUAAGACCGACACACCCACCUAUGAGACACAUGCCAUUCUACAACCAUAUGGUGAUGAAAAAAUUCACACCUCAUCCUCACACAAGGGAAAAAUCAGUAGCAGUAGCGGUAAGGUAACCAGCUCACCGAAAGUUCUUCCAGAAAGUACAUCUUUAUAUUCGACUGGAAAUUUAAACACCGUGUCCCUGAGUUAUCCAGAGGCAAAUCCUGCAUUACCACCGAAAAUGUAUAAAAGUCAAACGAAUCUCAAGUCACCAAAUGGAGUUUCUUCUUCAUCGGCUGCACUUUUGUUAAUGCAGCAAAAAUCUCCCCACCAUGGUGCCGGUGGUGGUAAUGAUCAAAUUCCAACAAUUUCUCAUCAGAAAUCCCAAUUCACCAAGUCCCUUCCACGUAAGGAAGACAAAAACACACCUCCCGCACUAACUCUUCCCGUUUCGGGUCAGCUUAGUACAGAAAAGUCACUUAGCAUGGGAAAAAUCAAUUCAUCCACCUUUUAUCCUUUGCAAAACAAUCAUGUAACUUACACACUUCCAAAACAUACACCCGGGAAGAUGUCUCUCAAUAGUACGAUAGCAAGUGUGGUUAGUAAGGUGCCAUCAGUAAUAAGUAUUCCAGCCACUGAGGACACCAAUAUGCCACGAAUGAAAUCUCAACCACAGAGCCCCAAUCAUAAGACAGGAGCUUCACAGGCAAAUAAAUGUACUACUUUGCCGAAAACAUUACGAUCUGCUGCAAAAAAGAUUGAAGCGACAAUUCCAACCACCACCGUUACAAUACCCGCGACAACCGCUCCACCUUCCACAUCAACAACGUCGUCGUCGUGUGGCAAACCAAAAACGCUUGACAGCGAUAAACCACUGCCUGUCUGCACGACAUUGAAAAAUUGUUUAAAUCCCAAAGAGCAUUUUUUGCCCAACGAUACGAGUCUAGAUGAUGACUAUUUAAGUGAGUGUGAGAAUUGCAAAAUAGCACAUAGUUCAAAGUAUUAUUUGGACGAGGAGUCAGCUGAGUCACCGCAGGAGACAAUGACAUUGCAGCGAAAGAUGGACGAUAAGGAAGAGCAGGAACAGGCUUAUUAUAGAAUAUCACAUACACUGCCUACGAAUCCAAAGAAGAAUCCAACUAUCAAAAACAACACCCGCGAACCAUGGUUCUCGACAAUUCCGGCCAGUUCAUCAUCGGAAGAAGAAAUAAACGAAUGAGAUUUGUCACACUUUCUUUAAAUAUUUUAAAUUUAAAAAGCAAUUUAAUGUAUUUAAAGAAACUUCGGUGUAAUGUUAAAAAACAUUUAAUGUAAGUACGAUCAUCAGUGUAGUAAAAUGUUAAAAUAAACAUAGUUAAAAACAGCGAAAGUAUCUUUUGCCCCUGAUCAUCCCCAAAAUAAAAAUGCUCUAUAAAAAAAUAGAUCUAUAAUACACACAUUAUUUGUUUUUGAAUUUAAAACAAAUAAAUACGAAUUCCAAACAGAACCAAACGCCACGUUAAAAAUAACUAAAUAAUAUAACAACAAGAAAAUAUAAAACAUAAUUCGAAAAUGAUCAUUUUAUCUAAUUAUUAUUAUUUAAAAUUAUUUAAACAAGGUAUAGAUAUAAUUUAAAUUUGUUUAAAUAAAAAAAAAAAAAACAAACAAAUUUAAACAGAUCAUUAUAAAAUAUUAAUUAAACUAAGAUGUACAAAG